UUCGGAUAAAAAUUAAACAUGGUGCUACUAUAUUAAAAUUUUAUAUAUUCCAAAAAUGUCAGUAUCAAUUAACAAUAUAAUUAAGAUACUAAUAUACUAUGUGAAAACCUGAUUAAUUGAAAAUUUGAAUAUUAUAAAUUUCAAGGCAAAUAAAACUUUAGGCCAUUUAAUAUGUAUUCAAAGAUUACAGCAUAUGAGGGUUUUUAAUAGUUAAUUACUUGAAAAUGUCAAUGAAAGAAAAUAGUAAUGAAAAAGCUAGCAUUAAUGCAAGCACACAUCCACCAAAAUUUGGUAUAAUUAUAGCUAAUCGAAUUUUUGUUGGUGGUAUUCCACCACAGACACUUGAAACUGAAUUAUUUAAAUAUUUUUCUGACUAUGGAUUAGUGAAGGAUGUGAAAAUUAUAGUUGAUAGAGCUGGAGUUUCUAAAGGGUAUGGAUUUGUAACUUUUGAAUCAGAAGACGAUGUAAAGAAAGUUCAGCAGAUAGCAGAAUUAUUAAUAUUUAAAGAAAGAAAACUUAAUGUUGGACCAGCAAUAAAAAAACAACAGCCAAACUCAAAAUUACAUACACUUUCAGAAUACAGUAAUCAAGUUACACACAACAAUCCUUCCAUGGGAGCAUUAUUCUAUCCACCAGGAUUAGGGAUUUCACAAAUAUAUAUCAACCCUAACAAUGGAAAUGUUAUUAAUGGUCUCAAUUCACCAUUAAUUUCACCUUCAUCAUUUUCUUCAGGAUUUUUAUUCUCCCCUGGGCCAUCUAUAAACAAUAGCUCUAACAAUCUUGGAAAUACUAAUGGAUUAAAUCAACAUAAUUUAAGCCCUCUUUCCCAUCAAGUUAAUGUCCCAAUACUAUAUUCUGCUCAACCAUUUUAUUAUCCAUCUUUUCCAGUGCCAAAUGCUAAUCCAUGUGCUAGUCCAAUAUCACCACCCCAACCCUCAUUUCCAGCACAAGCAAGAUGGAUAAAUAAUCAAAUUACAGGAAUGAUAUCACCAGGAGCUAUUAUAUAUUCAAACCCUGAAAUUAUAUAUCAACCUAAUGUAAUACCACUCUCGAAUUCUGUUAAUCACAACAUUUCCCCACAUAAUUCAAUUCAGCAAUCCUCACCACCAAUUAUAACAAUGUCCACUCAAUUUAAUCAGCCUGCUCAUUCUAAUUUAUAUAGCUUAAUUAAUAACAAUUCUACAAAUGCACCAACUCAUUAUAAAGAUCUUGAAAAAGUUCAAUACAUGAACCACCUAGCAUCCAAUAAUCCAGAUAUGUUGAUUAGUCAUCUUAAUGGGGGUGUGCCUUAUAUAAAUCAUGAUGUAAAUAAUUCAAAUGAUUUUAUGACCCAAUCAUUUGGAGAUGGUAAAAAUAAAAUAUGUGAAUAAUUAUAAUUAUUAAAAGAGCAUUGUGAUAUUUUUAAUAGUAUAUGUAUAAAAUAUUUUAACUAUUUGUACAUAAUUCAAAUGAUCAUGGUUAGAGAAUGUGAUAUUAGAUUAAAAAU